AGCGCCGGGCUCGUCCAUGGAUCUGAUCCGGGGCUUCUGCGGGAAGCUGCGGUCUCUGGCCGUCACCCUGGACGGCGAGACGGCCCGGCUGCAGCGAGCGCUGGACGGAGAGGACAGCGACUUUGAAGAUUAUCCAAUGAGAGUUUUACAUGACCUUCAUUCAGAAGUCCGAACUCUAAAGGAUGAUGUCAGUAUUCUUCUUGAUGAAGCAAGCUUGGAAAGUCAAGAAAGCAUUGGUUUCAUAAAGGCAACAAAAGUACUGAUGAAAAAAAAUUCAAUGGAUAUCAUGAAAAUAAGAGAGUUUUUCCAGAAGUAUGGAUAUAAUCCACGUGCCAAGGAAAAUUCAGUGGAUGAGCAAGAAGUCAUUGACUCUAAACCAGAGUCCAGUAAACGUGACAAUCCUGAGAAGCCUGAUGUGAAGGGUGAUUUGUCGGAUUCUGCUCCUCCAAGCAGUUCUGUUUCUGAGAAGCCUCCGCGUAGUCCACAACUUUCUGAUUUUGGACUUGAGCGGUACAUGAUAUCCCAAGUUCUGCCAAACCCUCCCCAAGCAGUAAACAACGAGAAGGAAGAGCCAAAAAUUUUAACUCCAUUUUCCAAACGGCCACUAGUAAAAACUCCCAAAUGUGCACUAAAGAUGGAUGAUUUUGAGUGUGUGACUCCUAAAUUAGAACACUUUGGUAUCUCUGAAUAUACUAUGUGUUUAAAUGAAGAUUACACAAUGGGACUUAAAAAUGUGAAGAAUAACAGUGAGGAGGCCAUAGAAACAGAACCAGUGACCAACAAUAAUUUCUUUGCCACUCCUGGCCCCAUAACCCAGCCAUUGGAGAAAAAUGAUGCCGAGCAUACACAUUCUCCCGUGGCACCCACAUUCUGCACUCCUGGUUUGAAAAUCCCUUCUACAAAGAACAGCACAGCUUUGGUAUCCACAGAUUAUCCAUUAUCAAAAACAAAUAGUUCAUCAAAUGACUUGGAAAUGAAAGACAGCACAUCGUUAGUUUUAAAUUCAGACGAGUGCUUUGAGAAUUUUGCGGAUCCCCCUUCUCCUACGAUUUCUUCUUAUGAGAAUCUGCUCAGAACACCUACACCUCCAGAAGUAACUACAAUUCCAGAAGAUAUUCGCCAGAUUUUAUCAAAAUACAACUCAAACCUAGCUACUCUGGUAGCAGUUAGAGAAGUGCCACCCAGCAAAGUGUUCCUUCCUCGGUGUGAAGGACAGGACGUCCGAAACGCUGGCAACAGAGAAAACUGGUGAAAGGUGCUCAGGACGGAUGCCUGGAGCGGACUGGAAAGGUCGGAGGUGAGGAAGCAAAGCUCAUGGACCGAGACGGCUCCUUUCAUGAGUUCUGCUCAAGAAGGGAGAGAAGAAAUGGUGCUGCAGCCAGAGGGGGUGUGAGUGAAACCAGGUUUUUAAAGAUGGGAAA